AUGUCUGACUUUGGCGGCGACGACCACGACGACCGCGAAGACGGAGGUAUCGACUACGAGCCAGCGGAGGACUUCUUCGACGACACCGCGGCCGAUGACUUUGCAGCCGAAGACCAGCCGGAGGAAGGCUACGCUGUGCUGAACGGCGACGGACAGCCGGCCACUGCCAACGGAGAGAACGGCGACCCCAAUGCCUCCUCGGGCCAGCAGGGGAAGGUCAUGCUGCAGCAGCGUGAGAAGAAGGUCGCCAACGACCAGCGGACUACUACACCGUACAUGACCAAGUACGAGCGCGCGAGAGUACUGGGCACGCGUGCGCUGCAGAUUAGCAUGAAUGCGCCUAUCCUGGUUGACCUGGAAGGUGAAACUGAUCCGCUACAAAUCGCCCUGAAGGAGCUGAACCAGAAGAAGAUCCCCCUGAUUAUCAGGAGAUAUCUCCCGGACGGAUGGUACGAGGACUGGACAUGCGAAGAGCUUCUCUAG